AUGGCAACUAAGGUCGGUCUCAGCGUGCCAAUGCCGCUCCUUGCUCCUGUUACUGCCACUUGGGCAGCUCCCUUCGCGGCCUACUACCUUUUCCUCCAACAGCGCAUUGUAGCAAAGCGAUUUGGCACAAAGACUGUUUUGGGUGAUAAGUCGGGCGCACCUCAAGGCGCACCGGACCCUCUCUUUGUGGACACACGUGCGCAAGCCAACUUUGUCGAAAACGUACCAUUCAUACUCUCGAUUGCACUCCUUGCUGAGCUCAACGGAGCCAACAGGACUUACCUCAGCUACGCUCUUGGCGCUCUUUUUGCUCUCCGUGUUGGCCAUGUUGAGCUUGGCCUGAGGGCGCCCAGCGGAAAAGGUCCCGGAAGACCGCUUGGUUUCGUCGGCACUCAGGUGAUAUUAGCUGGGCUCGCUGGAUAUGCGGCGUACUUGGUCAAGGACUACUGGACCGUCUAA